UCCAGCAGUUCUGCACCCAGGCAGGGAACGACUGGCACCGCGUGUACCUGGUCCGGAGGCUCGCGAGCCUGCGUGGGAUGGAAUUUGUGAAAAGCCUCUCCAGGGAGGGCCAUCGGUGCCAGUGGGUGUUUCCCAAGGGAGUCAUUGCACAGCAGAAAGACCACACGGGCCAGAUGGACCAAUACCUGGUGCAUGGGGACAAGUACAAGGCACUUCGUGACGCAGUGGGCAAAGCCAUGCUCGAGUGCAAGGCCUCCAGCCUCGAGGCUGCUCUGAUGGCCUGCAGGAGCCCCGGAGCUCAACAGGCCGUCUACCUGCUGCUGGCGCUGUUCCGAGAAGUGGCUGCUCUCCACUGCUCCCACAACUCGAACCUCCACCCUAAGCCGGAGCAAUGCGAGGCUGUGAGCAGGUUCAUUGAGGACAGCAAGAUCCUGUCUCCUCCGGGGGUUAGGCCUUUCGCAGCAUCCCUCGUGGCCAACACUCUGCCCUUGCUGAGCGCGGGCCCUGGUGCUGACAGCCUUGAAGGAACAGUGACAGAAAUGGCCGUUCACACUGCGGCUGUCCUUCUGUGUGGACAGAGCAAAGUCUUGGUGCCCCUGAGGAACUUGGCCUUCUCCCCAGCCAGCAUGGCGAAUGCGUUUCUUCCAACGAUGCCUGAAGACCUGCUGGCUCAAACCCAGAAGUGGGAGGGUCUGGAAGGCGUCCACUGGUACACUUGUCCCAAAGGUCAUCCGUGUUCUGUAGGAGAGUGUGGCAAGCCGAUGGAGCAGAGCUUCUGUGUUGACUGUGGUGCUAACAUAGGAGGUAUCAACCACAGACCUCAUGCCGGCUUCCAGAGUAUCAGAGACAGCACAGACAGAACCAAGACUGGCCAUGUGCUGGGCCACCCGCAACCCAGAGAUGUCGUAGUAGUGUCUGACCGAGAGCUGUCCCCAGUCAUCUUCAUUCUCAUGCGCCUACUCACUCAUCUGGCUAUGCUUUUGGGAGCCACUCAAAAUCCCGAGGCUGUGAUAAAUAUCAUCAAGCCUCCAGUGAGUGACCCAAAAGGAUUCCUGCAGCAGCACAUCCGGAGAGACUUGGAGCAGUUGACAAAGAUGCUGGGGAAGAGUGCCGACGAGACCACCCAUGUGGUCCACCUCAUGCUGCGCUGCCUUCUCAAAGAGCAGCACCCACUCCCUGACUGGAGACAUUUAAAUUUUGAUGCAAAAUUGUCCAAAAAAGGACAUAGAAACAAUUGGGAAAAACAUGUCGAAGCUCUUCUUCUACCUGAACUGGAGCAUCUAGAUAAGACCCUGCUGACUGUGAGCACACUCAUCAGCCAGGAUGAGCGCAUCAGCUCUAGCCCUGUGGCCAGAAUCAUAUAUGGUGACCCUGCAAGCUUCUUGCCCCAGCUGCCCCAGAAAAGUGAGGCUCAUUGCUCAAAGAUUUGGAGCUGCAGGAAGAAGAUCACAGUCGAGUACCUCCAGCACGUUGUGGAGCAGAAGAACGGCAAGGAGAUGGUGCCCGUGCUCUGGCAGUUCCUGCAGAAGGAGGCAAAACUGAGACUGGUGAAAUUCUUACCUGAGAUUUUGGCCCUGCAAAGGGAUCUAGUGAAACAAUUCCAGAAUGUUCCAGAAGAUGAAUAUCCCUGUUCCAUCAGGAGUUUUAUUAGCAGUCACAGUUCAGAGGGGCUGAGGCAGCUGUUCCACAACAGGAUCACCACCUUCCUGUCCACGUGGAAUGCCCUGAGGCGGUCACUGGAGACCAACGGUGAAAUCAAGUUACCUAAAGGCUACUACAACUCUGAGUUGGAUCUGGACACAGAUUUUAAGGUCAUCCUGCCCCGACGUCGGGGCCUGGGCCUCUGCUCAACUGCAUUAGUCAGCUACUUGAUUAAUCUACAUAAUGAAAUCAUCUACACGAUGGAGAAGUUCUCCAAGGAAAACAACAGCUAUUCCGUGGAUGCCUCAGAGGUCACUGACCUGCAUGUUGUCAGUUACGAAGUGGAGCGGGACCUGAUGCCUCUGAUUCUCUCCAACUGCCAGUAUCAAGUGGAGCAAGGUGGGGAGACCUCACAGGAAUUUGACCUGGAGAAGAUCCAGCGGCAGAUCAGCAGCCACUUCCUCCAGGGCAAGCCCAGGCUGACCCUCAAGGGGAUACCCACGCUGGUCUAUAGACAUGACUGGAACUUCGAACAUCUCUUUGUGGACAUCAAGAACAAAAUGGCACAGAGCCCCCUCCCCAAGUCGGCCAUGGGUGCCAUCAGUGGAGAGCUUCGGUCCUACAGCGAUGUCUGUGAAGCACUCUCUAUCAUAGAGGUCACUCUGGGCUUUCUAGGCACAGCUGGUGGGGAUCCAAAUAUGCACCUAAAUGUGUAUGUCCAAGACAUCCUGCGAAUGAGCCACCAAACAACUCCGGUUUUAAAGGCUUUAAGCAGAUGUCAGUUAAAACAUGCUGUUGCCCUCUGGCAGUUCCUCUCUGCUCAUAAGUCGGAACAGCUGCUGCGACUGAAGAAAGAUCCCUUUUGGGAAAUCAGUUCUAGGUACAAAGCAGACCUCAGCCCAGAAAUUGCUAAGCUCCUCAGCACCUUCCUGAAUCACACAGACCUAGAUGCUUUCCUCAUGGAGCUCCAUGAGCUGAUGGUGUUGAAACUAAGAAACACCCAGACCCAGGAGAGCUUCAACCCUGAAUGGAGCCUGAGGGACACUCUGAUGAGUUACAUGGAAACCAAAGAGAGUGAAGUUCUUCCAGAAAUGGAAUCCCAGUUCCCAGAAGAGAUACUGCUGUCCAGCUGCGUCUCUGUAUGGAAAGUGGCAGUUGCAUGGAAACAGGACCGGCAAGCAAAAUAGGACUCUCUGCUCUGUCCCUUUAUGUGGUGGGGACAUAGCUCCCCUCCCCUCCACUGUGCCUCAAGGGCACCUGGAAAGACAGUGUUGGAAUAGCACUGAAUUCAAGGCCAGCAUGCACUGUGCCAGCUGAUGGAUUUUUUUUUUACUUUUUAUUGAUUUUACUUUUUUUU